AUGGCAGAAAGUAAGCACGAAGAAGAUGAAAAGGCGAAUCAGGCUUAUGCUGCACUCGGUAUAGGAAUUAUCUGUAUUAUUAUAGGAGUCCCAUUAUGGUGGAAAACAACAGAAGUUUAUCGUGUCCAAUUGCCAUAUAAUGAUAUUUCUGAUUUAUCUCAAAUUCCACUGGUGUAUUUGACAGAUAUUGAAGUCAUUUCAUUAGAUAAAAAGUUGGAUUCAAACUUGGUUCAGAUUUCACAGCAGUUACAGGAAGAUUUGUCAAGAAAAAGAGGGGAAGAAGUAACCCCUAUUUACAGAGUAACUGUACGUGAAUCAGUUGGUGAUGAACAGUCCAUUUUUAAUAAAUAUGAUAAUAAAGACUUGUCGAAUAUUGACAAACUAUUAUCAGAACUGUCUCCAUUGCAACGAAAUAAAUAUCUUAUUUUCCUGAUACCCAGUAAUAAUGGUAAACUGAAUGUUUUCAUUGGAAAAUAUUACAAUAGUUUUGUUUCUUCUAAUGGCAAACUAGACAAGAUUAUUCCACUCAUCAGUAAAACUGUUCAAAUGACUAUUGUAAAAGAACAAAGUGUUGUUAAAAGUAUUUUCAAUGCGAAAGGGGCCCGAUCAUUGAAACCUGAUAAAGAAAGCAUGAGGUCUGUUAGGUAUAAUACAGGAUAUGAUUUGACAUUUACCUUAACAGUGCCUCAACCAGAUAUAUUUGAUGUUUCAUGGAAUAUCAGAGAAGCUGUGGAUACUUAUUUAAAACCAUUAGUUGAUCAUUUAAAAGAAUUUACCCAACUGAAAAUCAAUUCACAAAUCCACUAUUUUACAACAUUACAGAGAAAACCUCAAAAAGAUGAAAAGCUGAAUGAAUAUUACUUUUUGGAACAGGACUUGCCUCAUCUGAUAAAUCCUAUAGAAUCCACAUUAGGUACAUCUGCAUCUAAUAAUCCUGAAUUAAACUUUAUUGUGUACAUUCCAACAAGGGAUCAAUCACCAUUGUAUAUUAAAGACAAAAAUGGGGUUAAAGUUCCUACUAAUUCAUUCUUAAGUCCGCGAUGGGGAGGUGUUAUGAUUUUUAAUGUACCAGAAUUUAACGAGUCAACACCUCUACCAUUUCCUGUGAAAGUGGAAGGGAAAAAUAUUAUGGAAGUUUUCCUUACUCAAAUACGUCUGCUUUUAAAUCUGAAUUCACCAACAUCAUCACAUGAAGUGUGGUUUGAUCCUGUAGAAGUCAAUGGCAUCAGUAAUAUGGAAAUAGAUGUUUGGUUACGCAAUCGAUGUUUUGAGAACCUUGCUACCUCUAUUAAUACUUUACAGUCAUUAGCUCAAUUGUUAGGACAAAUCAGUAAUAUUGUGAUCAAAGAUGACAUCGGAAGUCAAGUUGAAGCAGCUGUUAGAGAAAUAAAAAGCAGUCUAAAAUAUUUAUCAACAGGAAAUCUAGUAGAUGCAUUUCAUUCCUCAAAACGUGCAAUCAUAGCAUCUGAAAAAGCAUUUUUUGAUCCUUCCCUCUUAGAACUGUUGUAUUUUCCAGAAGAUCAAAAAUUUGCUAUUUACAUUCCUCUGUUUUUACCCAUCAGUAUUCCUUUGAUUACAGCAAUGAUGCAUGCAAUCAAAUGGUUCAAAGGAACAAAGAAGCCUAAAACAGAUUAA